AUGAAAUCUACUACAGCUUUAGUUUUAUUAUUGGCCUUGUUGGUUGGUUUGUCCGCCGCCAAAGUUCACUUUGAAGAGACUUUUGGAGAUGAUUAUACUUCAAGAUGGGUUUCCUCAAAGUGGCGUCAAGAUGACGGUACUGCCGGUAAGUUUGUUCACACCGCUGGUAAGUGGUAUGGUGAUGCCAAGGAUGACAAGGGUAUCCAAACCUCACCAGAUGCCCGUUUCUAUGCCAUCUCCUCCAAGUUCCCAGCCUUCUCCAACGAAGGUAAGGAUUUAGUUUUACAAUUCACCGUCAAGCACGAACAAAAGUUGGACUGUGGUGGUGCUUACAUCAAGUUGUUGCCAGACACUCUCGACCAAGAAAACUUUGGUGGUGACUCUGAAUACUUCAUUAUGUUUGGUCCAGAUAUCUGUGGUGCCUCCAAGCGUACCCACUUGAUCUUCAACUACAACGGAAAGAACCACUUGGUCAAGCGUGACAUCAAGGUCGAAACCGACCAAUUGUCUCACCAAUACACUUUGAUCCUCAAGCCAGACAACACCUACGCUGUCUUGAUCGACAACGUCGAAGUCCAAUCCGGUUCAUUGUUGGAGGACUACGAUUUCUUGCCACCAAAGCAAAUCAAGGAUCCAAACCAAUCCAAGCCAGCCGACUGGGUUGAUGUUAAGACCAUCGACGAUCCAGAGGAUGUCAAGCCAGCCGAUUGGGACACCACCCCAGCCACCAUUGUCGACCCAGAAGCUGCCAAGCCAGAGGACUGGAACGAUGAAGACGACGGAGAAUGGGAAGCCCCAACCAUCGCCAACCCAGAAUACAAGGGUGCCUGGAAGGCCAAGAAGAUCCCCAACCCAGCUUACAAGGGAGAAUGGGAACACCCAAUGAUCGACAACCCAGAGUUCAAGGAAGACGCCAACAUCUACGCCUACAAGAACAUCGGUUCCGUUGGUUUCGAAUUGUGGCAAGUCAAGUCUGGUACCAUCUUUGAUAACAUCAUCGUUUGCGAUUCCGCCGAAGAAGCCAAGAAGUUCUCCGAAGAGCACUUCGAGAAGAACCAAGCCGCCGAAAAGAAGAUGUUCGAAGAUAUCGAAGCCAAGAAGGCUGAAGAGGAAAAGAAGAAGGCUGAGGCUGAGAAGAAGCCAGAGCCAGUCACCGACUCUGAUGUCGAAGAGCCAGUCGUCACCUCAACCACCCCAGAGGUCAAGGUCAGCUCAAACUCCAAGAAAGCCAAGGCCGACGUUCACGACGAACUCUAA